AUGACAGAGACGACUUCAAAGGCUCACAGUAGAGUCGCUAUCAGAAAGAUCCCGCCACCGGUGAAGCCAGACUUGAGCAGCGAGAUGUCGUUCGGAAUCAAGACCAAAGCUCAAAGCAAGGACGAGAUUCCAUACGAAUUCGACUCGUCGAAGGUUGACUCUGCUCUUCUUGAUCCCGGGAUCGUUGAGCGGAAGGUGGCGAGCGGCAAGAAAUCCACCUAG